AUGUCAUACAACAACUACAACAAUCACAGCGGUGAGGCUCAAGGCUACUACGGUGGUGGUCAGCAGCAGCAGCAACAAGGCUAUGGCUCUGGAGCUCCACCAAACAACCAGUACGGCGGCGAUCAGCGUUAUGGCGGCCCUCAGCAAAGCCAAUACGGCAACGAGCCACGUUACGGCGGUCCAGCUCAGCACGACCAAGGAUAUGGACAACAAUCCCACCAGCAGGGUUACGGCCAGCCUCAGCAACCCUUGACUGCCCGUGACGAAUACCCCUCUCAGACACACGGCGGCUAUGGAGGUGACACUUCAUAUCAAGGUUCUGAGUCUGCUCCUUACGCCCCUGCUCAACCCUCAUACGGUGGCCAGCCUGGAGUCGAAGGUGACCGUGGUAUGAUGGGUGCCCUGGCAGGUGGUGCUGCUGGUGCAUACGGAGGCCACAAGAUGAACCAUGGUAUCAUCGGUGCCAUUGGCGGUGCCUUUGCCGGCUCCAAGCUCGAAGACUUUGGCAAGGACCAUCAUAAGAAGAAGGAAGAGGAGAAAUACGCACAACAACAUCAAGGCUCCGGUGACUACGGCAGACCUGGCAGAAGAGAUAGUAGCUCCAGCUCCGAUAGCGACGACAGCAAGAAGCGCCAUAAGAGACACUCACGCUCGCGCUCGCGUUCACACUCCCGUGACCGUGGAGGCUUCCAGUCCUCUAGACGCGGCAACUUCUCCGAGACAUCCAGAGAUAUUUCGAUCGACUACAACACCAUGGCACUCAAGGCCAGAUGCAGACGCCCCGAUGGCUCUGAGCAUGAGAGCUAUCUGCACCUCAACGACAUCCUCGGUAACCGUGACGGUAGAUUCGUCUGGUCAAGAAAUGGAAACUUCAUGGGCAGCGUCAAGGAAGGCAAGGUUUGGAUCGCUGAAGGAGGAAGAGCUCUAUGUGCCGUACUCGGCGAUGGACGUGGUGGCUACAACGAGCAUGCCUCGAUUGAGCUGGACGAGAAGAUUAGCAACGAAGACGGCCAGUUGGUAUACUUGGGCUGA